GCAAUGCAUAUCCACAAAAGACAGGCCGGGAUGACUAUGGAUUUCUAAAAGUCGCAACGAUGGAGAAAGUUAAUUUAUUUUAUUAGGCCUCAUGGGAUAAAAAUAAUAUUUACUUUGUAAAUUUAAAUUAAAGGUACACCGUCCUGGCUAACAAAAUGUCUGGAUCCCGUGUAACUAAAGAUCAUAGAUAUAAUAAACAAUCUGGUGGAGAAAAAUUUUAAUGCGGAACUUCAUGCAUUAUUUACUCAAUCAACGUUCUCCUUUCUUUCAAAAUUAGAUUAGAAAUAUCCAUUUAGGGCUCUGUACGCCCAUUUCUGUUUUGCUUUGCCUGGUGAAAGGACGUGAAUUCAAGUACGAAAUUUUGGUGUGCAGUCAUGAUUGAAGGUGCAUAUGGAAGUUGGGCUAGUCCUCUAUCAAGCAAACUAGCAUGUGAUUCAUCUAUAUCAAUCAAAAGGCUCUAUGUUGAUGCUCAAAGUCCAGACAUUGUUUACUGGUCUGAGUUGCAUCCUAAGGAGAGUGGAAAAACAAUUGUGUUUAGCAAACAUGUUAAUGAAACUAAAUCAGCUCCAACACGAUGGACGAAUGGUGCUUUCAAUGUUGCCAAUUCAGUCCAUGAGUAUGGAGGUGCGGCUUACUGUGUCAACAAUGGAACAUUGUAUUUUAUGAAUUACUCUGUUAAAGAGGACUAUAAGAUUUACUCACAAGCCUCACCAGAAGCUUCGCCAGUGGCUGUUACUCAUAAAGAUACUGUAUUUCGAUAUGCUGAUCCUGAUUUUUCGACCAGUCCUAAAUUUUUUUUUUGUGUCAGGGAAGAUCACAGUGAUGAGAAGGCUGAAUGUACAAAUCUUAUUAUUUGUGUGAAUGUUUCAAAUGGCGAAGAAACUGUUGUGGCAUCUGGAAAUAAUUUUUACUCCUUUCCACGUGUGUCACCAGAUGGAAAGAGAAUAGCUUGGAUGGAGUGGUCACAUCCCAACAUGCCUUGGGAUGAUACACAACUCUGGGUGGCUGAUGUUUCUUAUGGUGAAAGUAAGGUUGAAGUUACAAAUAAAAGGCAGGUUGCGGGUGAACCAAAUGUGAAUUUCAUGGAACCACAGUGGAAUUGCGACAACAACUUGAUGUAUAUCUGUGACAAGACAGGAUGGUGGAACUUAUAUCUUCACGAUCUUCAAUCUUCUAAUCCAAGAAAUAUUUAUGAAGCAGGUGAGGAGAUCGGCUCACCGUGUUGGGAUUUGGGAAAUAGAUCCUACUCCCCUCAUCCUACUAACAAAGAUCUUGUUGCUGUUAUUUAUGAUCAUAAGCCGUAUAUUCUAACAAUCUCCACUGGCAAAAGGGAAGUAAUAGAUGUUGGUGGUGACAGCAUAAGCAGUUGUGUAUUUCAGCCAUCUAAGGGAAAGUACUUGUACAUGCAUGCAGUUAAUUCAAUUAAGCCGCAAUGUAUUCUUCAGUACGACCUUGACAAUCAAAAAUUAAGAGUGCUUCACAAAUCUGCAGAGUGUCCUGUGGAUGCUGCUUAUCUGUCAGUACCUUGGAAAAGGGAAAAAUUUGCUGUAGCAGAUGGCGUAGUUGCCUAUGGCUACUAUUACCCACCAAAGAAUGCUGAUUACAAGGCUCCAGCUGGUACGCUUCCUCCAUUACUAAUCAAAAUUCAUGGUGGACCAACUGGUGCAGCUAGCUUAGGAAUGGAUCUGUUGAAACAAUACUUCACAUCAAGAGGUUUUGCUGUGUUUGAUGUUGAUUACAGAGGAAGCACAAGUUAUGGAACACCGUUCAGAAAAUCACUUCGUGGAAACUGGGGUGUCUACGAUAUUCAGGAUACUAUCGCUGCAGCCAUGCAUUUGGUUAACGAUGGCAGGGUGGAUGGUAAGAAGCUUUGCAUCAGUGGUGGUUCAGCAGGCGGUUAUACCACUUUAGCUGAUCUCACCUUUGAUAAAAACAUUCCGAAAACAUUUGCAGCAGGGGCGAGUUACUAUGGUGUUAGUAAAAUGUCAGCUUUGGCUGAAGACACUCAUAAAUUUGAAAGUCGUUACUGCGACAUGAUGAUUGCUGAAUAUCCCAAACAAAAGCAAAUAUACGAAGAUCGGUCACCAUACAAUUAUCCAGAAGAUUUUAGAACACCUUGUGCUUUUUUCCAAGGAAAACUUGACAAGGUUGUUCCGCCAGAUCAAUCUAAAGACAUGUUUGAUGUAUUAAAUAAUGCUGGGGUUCCGUGUGCUUAUAUACUAUUUGAAGACGAAGGUCAUGGUUUUGAUAAAUCUAAAAACAAACAGACGUCACUGGAUGGCGAAUUCUAUUUUUACUCCCAGAUUCUUGGCUUCGAACCAGCUGACAAAGGAAUUGAGAUUCCUAUUCAUAACUUGCCAAAGAAGUAAAGUAAAAGAAGACUGGACGAUAUUUUUAUAGUAUUUAUUUAGUAAAUGUGAUUUAUUCUUUUUGUAAUUUAUAUCCACGUUAGGCAUAUUAUACCCUAAUUACGUCACAAGUGGACUAAAGUCCUUGAAACACUACAGCACCAAUCUAUAUAACUAUGCAGCAUAUGUAAUAUUACAUGCAUUUAUAUCUUUUGUAGUAUUUUUCGACAUACAACUAAAUCAAAUUUUGCCAUA